GAUUUAACAACAUUGAAAACAGAUACAUAUAAGACAUGUUUUUCCCCCCAAAGUAUAAUUAAAAAAGAAAAAAAAAACUUUUGAUGAAUGGUUUGAUAUAUAAAAGAAAAUGAAUAUUAUUACAUGUAUAGAUGCAUAUAUCUUUACAUUUUUAAAUAAAAUACUGGCUUAUUAUUUUUAUUAAUUAAAAAAAUUACGCGAUGGAUUGAGGCCGCAAUGUUUGAAGCGCGAUAUAGCAACGGAUCACUGUAUCUCAUUUUUAUCAUUAUUAUUACAUUUGCAGUGCUUAAAAUCAUUUAUUAAAAAAUAUAAAAACAAUAUAAGGUUUUGUUUGUUUUUUAUUAUAAUUUGGGGAGAAAAUUGAGAAAAAACAUGUCUUAUGUUAUAUGUAUCGCUUUCCAAUGCAGUUAAAUCUGAAUCGAUGCAAAUUCGCCUCUACCGCGUGGAUUUUCGACUUUCGCGGGGUGGGGGGUCCCCAUUAACCGCGAAAAACGAGGGAUCACUAUACGACUUGAGGCAGCAUUCACGUGCAAUCUUCGACUCGACAGCUGGUACAGUAUUUCCUAUAAUUACGACACCAUAUGAAGGCAGCAUUCAACUCUAUUGCCGUCAAUGGUAGUAAAAGACCCAAUAACAAAAAAACUGAAAGGACGACACAAGCAGUACUUUAUAAAAUUGACACCAAAAUAUAAUCUGGAAAUUUGACAGAUCUUGUGUAUAAUUUAAAGUUGACGGUACAGUUCGAUUUGCGUACAUAUUUUGAAGUUAGAAUGUCAUUGUAAAGCGACGCUUUUAUCAAUCAUAAAAGUUCAGUCACUCUCUGUAUGGCCAUCAGGUGGCAGUAGUAGCUAAUAUCACAGGAAGGAUGCACUGUCAACCGCACUGUCUGACCGGAAGUGAUUUUAUUCUCACACUUUUUUGUCCUCAUACAACGAUGUGACUACUGUCCUAUUAAAAAUACCGCGUUAGGGGUAUUAAUUUAUGAUAUGAAGGUCUCUUUAAUUGAUAAGAUGAAUUCAUGUGGAGAUGCUUUACCAUCUUCAACCAAAAUGCUAACGCUAGCAAGCUGUAACGAAAUGACGAGGAGGAAAAGAUGCUCGAAACAGGAAAGUCAAUAAUGGUGGUCACAGCUGGCUGACAGUGUUCAGCCAACAGCAGGUUAGACAAUGAAGUCCAGCGAAAAGAUGGACUGUGGUUGCAGCGCUCUCUUUGAGGACCCGGAUUUCCCUUCGGAUGACUCAUCCCUUUUCCUUGAUGGAUCCACACCCAUCUCCAGACUGCAGGACCAAAUCACUUGGUUACGACCACAGGAGAUCUGCCAGACACCAGUUUUCUUCUCUGACAACAUCAACUUGAGUCAUGCCAAACAAGGAUUGCUGGGAGACUGUUGGUUUCUGUGUGCCUGCGCUGUCCUCCUCAAGAACAAGCACCUCAUGGACAAGGUCUUUCCUCCUGACCAACCCUUGUGGGGUGACAGCAAGUACAGAGGCUCCUUUCACUUUCACUUUUGGGUGAAGGGACACUGGAUAGAGGUGAUCAUUGAUGACAGGCUGCCUUGUGUUGAUUCGGCUCUCUGCUUCUCACACUGCCAUGCACCCUCUGCCUUCUGGGUGGCUCUUCUAGAGAAGGCAUAUGCCAAACUUCACGGUUCAUACGAGCAGCUGUGGGCCGGGCAGGUGUCCGAGGCCUUGGUAGACCUGACUGGGGGUCUUGCAGAAUCCUGGAGCUUGUCCGACUUCGGUUCCGAGGACAAACUGGACACACCAGAGGAGAACUAUAAGCAGAGGAGGAGGAAAAGGCUAGAUCUGGACACGAUAUAUCCAUUAAGAACCACUUGUGCACUCAGUUGCUCCACUCAAAGCAUCCCGGGUGGAGGAAGCGAGCCUGAUCAACACCAUUCCAUGACUGUGAUGGAGUGGCUAGAAGUGAAGACAGUGGGAGGAAGUAGAGUACGACUGUUCAGGAUCAGAAACCCAUGGGGGAGGUGCUGCUGGGGUGGAACCUGGACAGAAGGUGGCGCAGGAUGGCGUUCACUCGAUCCGGCCGAUGCUUCGGAUCUCCAAGCCAGGGCGGCGCAGGGUGACUUCUGGUUGGAUGAGACUGAAUUCCUGUCCCGGUUUGAUGAUGUCACACUAAGCUACCCAAUCAAUGAGGAGGGGCAUCUACAAAGUAUCUACACUGGAAACCUGCUACCUCAUUGCUGUCAUAUCGCCGGACGCUGGGUCAAAGGCCUCUCCUCCGGUGGAAGUCGAAACAGCACUAGCUACAGCAGCAACCCGAAGCUCUGGCUCAAGAUGUCUGAGAAAGGCGAGGUCCUCGUAUCGCUCCUGCAGCACAGGAAGUGGCGACCGUAUUCGGACGGGCCCCUCAAGGACGACACGAGGCACCAGCGCCACCAGGCCAUUGGGUUACACAUGUGGAAGGUUGAGAAAAAACGUUUUAAUCUGAGCCGAACUUUGAACAAACCGCCAUGUGCUUCUACUCACUGCCACGCACACCAGAGGGAGGUGGUGCUCCAUGGACAGCUGGAACCGGGACACUACCUCAUGCUCCCCAGUAUCUACCAGCCAGGAGCAGAGGCCCGCUUCCUCAUCAGGGUCUUCUCCUCCUCUUCUUCGUCCCUCAGUGCCCUGAGAAGCCCAGCACCCCUCCUGCCUUUAAAUCCAGACGGAGAGUGGGAGACAAGUCACCUCCGGGGCUCGUGGGUCGAAAGAAGCUCCGCCGGAGGAAGCAGGAACUUCCCCUCGCACGGGCAGAACCCUUGCUUUCGUUUUACGGUUUGUGACGAGCCAGUUAAGCCAAGUCUCAACGUCAAGGUUACCCUGCGACAGAGCCGAACCGACAGCGAUCUGUUCCCCAUUGGCUUUCAUAUAUACAAGAUACCAGCCGGGGAGCAAAAUCAUUCCGUCCCCAGUGAGGACCCCGUUGCCAGUUGCGUUCCCCACUGCUAUACUCAGGAUGUCAGCUUGUCCUGCUCCCUACCUCUCGGAGCUUACCUCGUCGUACCGUCCACAUACCAGCCUGACUGUGCCGGCGACUUCACCAUCAGCCUUUCCCGGAGAAUAAACAGGAUAGUUGUGAAAAGCCAAGAGAAGCUGGGAAGAGUCAUUCAAGAGAUAAAUUUGCAUCUGAUGGAGGACCAACUUCAUGAAGGUCGAGAGUUCCUAUUUGAUCUUUUUGGGUGUCUCACAUCUCUCUGAUGCAAAGCUAACUACCGCUUCUGCUUCUCUGAAGUGGGCCGCACAAUUAAAGGACUCGCCCUCCCUAGAGACUUGUGUGUGCACAUGUACAGCUACAGUAUGUAUGAACACUGUUACUUAGUGAGAAUAUGUGCAUUAGUGGAGUUGGAGGGGAGGGGGUCUCCUUCAUCCCAACAUGCAGUGGCCCUCAUUGGCCAUUAAGACAUCAGAGGUUGUCGGUGGGCUGGGCUGCUAAUGAACUAUGACGGGACUGGGUGGUGUAAACAAACAGCCACCAUUGAAGAAAGCCGCCACCGCUGUUGCUCAUUCAGUCACUGAUGCGUCCGCCGGACCGGAACAAAGGAUCCUCUCAUGAAGGUCCUCACAGAAGCGCUGCGGGCAAGGGGUGAGGGGUUGGUCUGCAACCACUGAGCCAACCAAACGGCACCGCGACACAACCGUGCCAUACCGAGCCAGAGUUGUCUACUAGUUCCAUGUCACACUCCUGUAGCUUCCACUGUUGCUUUGGUUAAUAUCAAAGGUUAUUUAUUGCCUUUAUCCUAUCCCAAUUCUUAUAAAUUAGUCAACCAACAAACAAAGAGCACUAUAUCCCUUGAAACACUACGUCGACAAUUACAAAGCAACAUGUAGUAUGGAUGGUUUUGUAACGUUUGCAUAAAUGUAAAGUACUGUCUGUUGAAGAACAAUACAGUGAUGUCUUGGUAUUCAAGUGAGCCAAUUUACACUUCCAUUUUUGCGGGGGACACCAGCCUUGUUGGAUUAACUGCUAAUCAUAUGUAUUUCCGGGCGCAAACAUUAUAGUUCCUGAAUCCUCCUGUCCAAUCCACAAACAGACAAUAAUCCCAAACACACCCUUCUUCCUGCCCACGGCCCGCCCCGCGAGAGACUUCAAAAGACUGAAUGUUUAACGAAGUGUUGUCAAUUUUCUCGGAACGUUUUGUUGACUUAUGAUAUGGUGACCUUGGAACGAGCUUGCCUCCCCGCCUCAGUGUUUCUGUUUCGCCUUGUCGUUUUGAUCUCUGUUGACCUGAAUAAAUUUUAAACUUGUUUUCAGUGAGCCUUCUUUAAACAUUUCAAAAUGGAGUCAGUACAAAGGGUUAAGACUAGGGCUGUCAAACGAUUAAAAAUUUUUAAUUGAGUUAAUCACAGUUUAAAAAUUAAUUAAUCGUGAUUAAUCGCAAUUCAAACCAUCUCUAAAA